AUGGCUACCAAUCAAUCGACUGCUCUCAAGCACUGGGCUCGCAUCAUCCAGCAAUGGCCUGUCGACCGAGUUCGUCCCAACCAUGUCUUGUUUCAAACAGUCAUGCAAUCUCGUGUCGAUAAAAUCACCCCUCCUGCAAAUACAAAUGCGAGCACCGCCCCCACUGUCAAGGCCAACGAUGCUAUUGUCUCACCUGCACGACCACCCAUUCUCGACGAAGAGAAAGAACUGCGGCAGAUCCAAGCCCUUGAUGCUCUUUUGACAAACAAAUAUGCAAACACAUACCCCAUCCCCCAAGCUGUUCGCUAUCCUCAAAGUAGUCCAAACCAUUACAACGAUCUCAUCAAGGAGCUCGAUGAAGCGCCAGAUCGGACAUGGGCUGCUUCUUUCGUGAAGAGACUCAAGGGCGCUCUACGAUUUUCGUGA